AUGUCGGACUCGGGAGACGAUGGCAUGCCGUGUAUUGUGUGUGACAAUGGAACAGGAAUGGUCAAGGCGGGAUUCGCUGGAGGCGAUGCACCAGGUGUUGUAUUUCCAAGCAUUGUGGGUCGUCCAAGACACAAGGGAGUGAUGGUUGGAAUGUCUGCGAAGGAUGCCUAUGUGGGAAGCGAAGCUCAAGCCAAGAGAGGUAUUCUUACCCUUAAAUACCCAAUCGAGCACGGUGUUGUUAGCAAUUGGGAUGACAUGGAGAUGAUUUGGCACCAUACUUUUUACAAUGAGCUGCGUGUGGAUCCUGAAGAAUACUCUAUACUUCUCACUGAAGCUCCUCUUAACCCAAAGACCAACCGUGAGAAGAUGACUCAGAUCAUGUUUGAGACGUUUAAUUUUCCUAGAACGUAUAUCGCUAUUCAGGCCGUUCUGUCUCUCUAUUCCAGUGGUCGUACCACAGGUAUUGUGUUGGAUUCAGGAGAUGGUGUGAGCCACACAGUUCCAAUCUACGAAGGGUAUGCACUCCCACAUGCGAUCAUGCGUCUAGAUCUAGCAGGCCGUGACCUAACAGAGUAUCUCAUUAAAAUCAUGAUGGAACGUGGGUACACAUACACCACAUCAGCCGAGCGUGAGAUAGUCAGAGACAUCAAAGAAAAACUCUGUUACAUAGCUCUCGACUACGAGCAAGAGAUGGAGACGGCUACGUCGAGCUCGGCAAUCGAAAAAGCCUACGACCUUCCUGAUGGUCAAGUGAUCACGGUAGGAGCUGAGAGAUUCAGGUGCUCUGAGGUUCUUUUCCAGCCAUCUUUGGUUGGAAUGGAAACUUGUGGUAUUCAUGAGACGGCUUACAAUUCGAUAAUGAAGUGUGAUGUUGAUAUAAGGAGGGAUUUGUAUGGAAACAUUGUCAUGAGUGGUGGCUCGACGAUGUUCCCUGGGAUUGCAGAUAGGAUGAGCAAAGAAAUAACGGCGCUUUCACCUAUUAACGUGAAGAUUAGGGUUGUGGCUCCUCCAGAGAGGAAAUAUAGUGUUUGGGUUGGAGGCUCCAUUUUGGCUUCUCUAUCUUCCUUUCAACAGGAGUGGAUAACUAAGGCUGACUAUGAAGAAUAUGGACCGGCCAUUGUUCACAAAAAAUGCUUUUAAGUUUGUUGGCAUGCUAAACGCCCCGGUGACGAUAGACUUGUUUAUUCUGCUUUGUUUAUGCCUUUCUUUUGGUAAAAUAAAUUGUUAUGAGAGAUUCCAUGUUGUAUCUGAUUUCUUUGUUUUUUAUAAUUCUAUGCUGGUUAAAAGAACAAAGGGUUUCGUUUU